UAAAGGAGAAGUGAAGAUUUAGUCUUCCCCCAACCCUCUCCAACUCUCUUUAAAUCUACAGAAUCGAAAGGACAAAGGCAGAAAUGGUGAUGUCCAAAGUGAAAUAUGAGGUCUUACGCGAGCAAAGAUUGGAAGAGAACAAGAAAAGACUUGAGGAACUCAAUCUCUCUCAGCUCUCUAUAGCCCUCAAAAACUCCUCUUCUCCGAAACCCUCACCGAUGAAGAAGUCGAAACCUCGGACACCCAGAACAGAAAUUGUUCCUGUAAGAAGAUCAGAAAGGUUUUCCAACAAAUCGGCCCCGCAUUAUAAAGAAGUUACUUUUUAUGACCGUGUGCAAAUUCCUAGAAGAGUUACCAAUCGGACUCGGGACCUCUCGAACCGGGUAUAUGCAACAGAUGAAGAUAGGGAAUGUGCUAUGAAGAAAGCAGAGGAGCUUGAGUCAAGCCUGGUGUCUGAUUAUCCAUCCUUUGUGAAGUCAAUGCUUCCCUCCCAUGUCACUGGUGGUUUUUGGCUGGGUCUUUCAUCAGAUUUCUGCAAGAGAAAACUUCCAAGAAAUGAUGGAGUGGUUACACUGAUAGAUGAACAGGGAGAAGAGUGGCCAGUGAUCUACUUGGCUCGAAAAUCAGGACUUAGUGGUGGGUGGAAAAAAUUUUCUGUCGAUCAUGACCUUGUGGAUGGGGAUGCACUUGUUUUCCAGUUAAUUCGACCAACAGUACUUAAGGUGUUCAUUAUCAGGGUGAAGGGUUCUGAAGAGAGUGCAGAUGUUAAAAAGAAAUGAUUGAGGCAGAAAAAUGUAUUUGUAACUUUUGUUCAUCCGUUAGGAAGACAGACCGAUCUAGCUAGGUUUAGUUGCAAACAAUAGAACAAUGAAGUUGAUGUGUGAUAUUUAGUGGGAAAUGUAAUCAAUCACUCUUAUUAUUUUAGAAUUUUAUAACUCUUCCAGUCCUAGUUGUGAAGAAACAAAUGUUGAAAAUAAGGGUGAUGCUUGGGGAAGUAGAAUAAUCCUGAAAAUAAUAGUGCAAAACAUAGUGGUGUUAAGAGGGGUGAGUUGCAGGCGCGAGCCGAGCAGCAAAUUUCUUGUGCAACUGCUAGUCAUCUCACAUGAGUAGGUUUGCAGAUUCACUGGCUUAUGUGCGGGCAGUUCAUGUGAUGAUCUCAUUAUUUUCAAAAUACAUUUUUUUUUUACUAU